GUCCAAGUUGAAGUCCACAGGAAGAAGUGCUGCUGUGGAGAAGAAAGAGAAAGGAGUGUCAGCAGAGGAGGAUGAAAAACCUCAGAAACCACGAGAUCCCAACAUGGUCAUCCAUGUGUGCGAUGAGACCAAGAAUCUGAAGCAGGACUUCACUUGUCCCAGAGAUCUUCUGGUCAAGGAGAUGCGUUACUUUGCUGAAUAUUUAUCUGUGGACCCCCAGAGGUGGGAGGAAGUUGACAUCUCAGUCCACUGUGACGUGCAGAUCUUUGACUGGCUUAUGAACUACGUCAGGAGGAACUCGGCAGGAGAGGGAAACAAGGACAAACCCCGACUUGAGCCCAGCAAUGUGAUCUCAAUCCUGAUCUCCUCCGAGUUCUUGAAGAUGGACACGUUAGUGGAGGAGUGCAUCCAGUACUGCCACAAGCACAUGAGUGCCAUUGUGGCUACUCCCUGCAACAUGAACUGCAUAAACAGCAACCUGGCCACACGGAUCGCUGAACUCUUCAGCCACAACGAGGCCGACGACAUCAGGGACAAAAAAGACAAGUUCAAAAGCAAACUGUUUCAAAAGAAAAUUGAGCGUCUCUUUGACCCAAACUACCAGAACAGAGAUUCACCGGGAAAUGCCUCAACUCUGUACAGGUGUGGUCUGUGCCUUAAGCUGUUGACCAAAGACACAAAGAGGAAAAUUUCUUGUGUUCCAGGCAAAAUCAAUAUUGACGCUCGUGGAGAGAUCAUCUAUACACACACCAGACAAAAGAGUUGGGAUGUGCACGAAUACAUCACAGGCCUGUAUGAGGAGCUCAAGUCCUGGGUCUUGGUUUACUGGAGAAUCUGGGGUACCAUCAACUACCUCACCUGCUUCCGAUGCCAACAGGUGUUUGUAUGUGCAGAGCUGACGCAGUGCAAGUACCACCCAGACAGCGUCCUGUACCAUGGCAUGGGUACAGAGAGAGGCUGGCACGGUGCAGGAAUAUAUCCGUGCUGCAACCAGCGGGUUCUCCGCUUUGACCCCACUGGGAUACCAAAGGGCUGUAAGACGCGGGAUCACAUAGUGAAUGUGCCCGAUGAGGACAACUGUGAAGAGGAGACUUCAGCCCAGACCCGAGUCCUCAAUGACCUGCUGCUGCACAGAGACGCUGUGUGUGUGUCAAACUCUCCACCGGCAGAGGGUGCUGAGGAGAGCCAGUCCAGUGCAGAAAAAGUUCAGGACUGUGACGUUCUCUUGGAGCCAACAGUCCUCAGAUCUCUGAGAGGAGAUGGCAACACCUUUUCCCUUUUGAAAAACUGGAGUCUUCAGCUGAGACAGCAGUCUCUUUUGUCAGAGGAUGAGGAGUACACCACAGGGUCAGAGGUCACUGAAGACGAGGUUGGGGAUGAAGAGGAACUCUCUAAGAAGCAAGCUGCUAAGAAGGCCAAAAAGGCUCACGGACCUUUGAAAAAACAGCUGUCCUCGCCAAACUUCCAACGCAAAGAAAAAUCUGAGAAAUCACAGACCAGGGACAACACGCCUUUCACAGUAAGCGUCCAGAAGAGUAAGUGGGACAGCUCUCGCUCUAUGCGCUACAACCAGGACGCUCAGCGAGAGGAAGACCAGCGCCGCAUGGUGGAGAUCAUUGGCUACCUGACAAAGAUGAGGUUUGGAGACCAGGAACAGAGUAAAUCCAAGGAUACUAAAGAGCCUGCAGGGGGGAUCUACUCCAGACUUGAAGUGCAAUUUAGGAGCUCCUCUCAAGUCAGACACAGUUCAGAAAAGACACCCAGGUACAUUUACAGUGUUACACACACACACCCUGGUGUCUCACUCAAUAACUAAGCACUUUUUUCUGUCUUUACCUCUGCAGGUCUAAAACACGCUACGCUCAAAUCCGAACAACAUAAACAAGCUAAUGGGGGGGGGGAAAAGG